AUGGCGCAGGUUGACGACGACGAUUUUGACUCGGCCUUGAACGGCCAGCUUGGUCUUGAGAACCUGGACAACAUGUUUGAUGGAUCGACUGUUCACGCUGCGGAUGCCGUUGAUUUCGAAGAUGAAGACGAGCUCGCCGAAGAAGAGGACUCGGUGAAGCAGGAGGAGCCUGAAGCCGAGGAGGAGGACGACGAGGAAGAGGAGGACGAUUUUAUGAAGGAGUUGCAGGAGGAGGCCAUGGAGGGCGUGGACGAGGACGACGCCGAGAACCUUGGCGAGGGUAUUUUUGAGAGCAAUGCGGCGAACCUUGGAUUGGCAGAUUUGGACUACGAACACGACAACGAGAUGAUGGACGAGCACGAAGAACUUCUGUUUGACGAGUCCAACGAUCACAGACUCGACGACGAGGAAAGAAGAGCAUUUUUGGAGAAAAAACGGAUCCAGACUCGAGAAAAACUGCUUAGACUGUACUAUCCAACGUUUAAGCGCGGCAAGCCAUUGAAGAUGCAGACGUUAUUCCCCAUUAUUCCGCUCAGAUACAGUUACCAGGUGCCACCCGCCGUGAAACGUCCGCUGCUUCCUACGAAAUUGACCUUUGAGUUCCAGGUGGACACUAGAAAGUCGUUCAAGAACGCCACGAAGGUUUCGACGAACCAGGAACAGAAAAUACAGCAAAAGAUCAUCGAGAUCUCCGAAAACGAUCUCCAGAGCGUACAGCAGGAAAAGGAGGUUGAGCCGGCCGAGGUUGUCAAGGAGACGAUCAAGGACUUCGGCCAGGAGAUUGCCAUUUCCACGGCAGACUGGGACGACGACCAGAUCAUAGAAGGCACACAAACAGAUAUUCCGUCCACGAAGAGACUCAAGCUGGAUUGGGUCGACUCGGACGGCUGGGACGACGACGAGGACGAGAUGAUUUUCGAAGGUUCUUUGAACACAGACAUCUUGAACCUGAAACUCGACAGAAACGAUCCAAAGAUGCUGUUCACCAACGUGAGAACAGAGAAUGAGGAGGUCGCGGCCAAGAAGGCUGUGUUGGCCAAACUGCCAACCAACGAAAAGACACUUGAGCUGCGUUUCAGCUUAUCGAACGACAAGGAGUACGACCAGUUGCGCAAGAGCUACCAGACCAAGAUCAGAGCCACUAUUGGAAACAUGAAUAUCGACCACUCGGUGACAGCGCUGAAGCUGCAGUUCCCAUACUACAAGGUGAAGCUCUCUGAGAGAGAAAUGCGGUUCUUGCAUCGUCCACAGUUCACUGUUCGUCCAAACACCACGAUGGUGUUUUCCAAGGUGAAGACUAGAAAGAAGAAGCGUGACAAGGGAAAAGAGCCUCGCGAGAUUUUCAAAGACUCUUCCGACCUGACGCUUGGAGACUCGGCGGACUUCUUCAUGCUCGAGUACAGCGAGGAGAACCCCAUUGUUCUCAACAACUUUGGAAUGUGUUCCAAGCUGAUCAACUAUUACAGAAAACUCAACGACGACGAUACCAGUCGUCCAAAGCUGCCAGUUGGAGAGACACAUGUUCUAGGGUUGCAAGAUCGGUCUCCGUUCUGGAACUUUGGAUACGUCGAGCCUGGCCACAUUGUUCCUACGUUGUACAACCGGAUGAUCAGAGCUCCUAUAUUCAAGCACGAUCCGCUGUGCACAGACUUUUUGCUGGUGCGAAGCUCUGGAGGCGGGUCGUCGCAGAAGUACUUCUUGCGGUCUAUUAAUUUUGUCUUUACAGUUGGCCAGACGCUGCCUGUUUUGGAGGUUCCUGGUCCACACUCGCGGAAAGUCACAGCCACGUCCAAAAACAGACUCAAAAUGGUGGUUUACCGUGUCCUGAACAGAAACGAGGAGCGUCGGCUUCUUGUGCGGGACAUUGCCGACCAUUUCCCGGACCAGAACGACAUGCAGAACCGUCAGAGACUCAAGGAGUUCAUGGAGUACCAAAGAAGCGGAAACGACCAGGGAUACUGGAAAGUGAAGCUCUCGGACAAGCUACCGAACUACGAGGAGAUCCGCAACAUUGUGACACCCGAAGAUAUAGCACUGUUGGACUCGAUGCAGGCCGGCCACCAACGACUUGAAGAUUUGGACUCGUACAAGCGGGAACGGCUAGAAGACGGGUCGCAGCCGGGCAGUGUGAGCGCACAGUCUCCGGCCACAGACCCGGGUGCCAAAAAGGAGCGCGAUCUGAUGGCCAACGACGGCCCGUUGUCUGUCCAGCUUGCUCCGUGGAACAUCACUCGUAACUUUGUUGCUGCCACUCAUGGAAAGGCCAUGCUUCAGAUUUACGGCGAGGGUGAUCCGUCCGGUAAAGGAGAAGCGUUCUCUUUCUUGAGAACCUCGAUGAAAGGAGGGUUUAUCAAAAACGCUGCGAAUCUGAGCGAGGACUUUGUUCCGCCGCCCAAACCAACAGAGAAGGAGGAGAAGAAGAGUUCUAUCACGCACACGUACAACGUGGCCAUCCAGCAAAAGGUUUAUGAGAAGGAGAUUGCCAAGGUGUGGUUUAAGCAAUGGAAAGCUUUGAGCAAGACGCGGAACACCGACAAGCCUCGGCCGGUGGAGCAGAAAGAGCUCGACGAUACAAAGAACUUCAGUGCGGCCAACGAGGUGCUGAACCGUGAGGUUGGCGGCGAAAGACCGCGGUUCCUCAAAAUUGUGCGGAUGGUGAAGGAUUCGUACGGCAUUCUCCAGCGGAGAGUCGAGAUAGUCAAGGAUCCCAAAGUCGUGGAACUUUACGUUAAAAAGAGACAGAGAAAGCUUCUGGAGGAUCCAAUGGAGCUCGACACAGACAAUAUUGUUCUGACUAACGACGCCGAGGAAAACAAAAAGGUCAAGAAGAAGCUCGAGGAAGAACUCGCCAAGUUGCAACGGCUCCAGGACAAAAAGAAGAAGAAAGGUCUUCUGUCAAUUAAUAUCGACAGCGAGGGCAGAAUCAGCGGCAAGGGAAUCGGCAAAGGAAAGUCCACCAGCAGAAGAUGUGCCACUUGCGGUGCUCUUGGCCAUAUCAGAACCAACAAGACUUGUCCGUUGUAUUAUACGGUGCAUAACAAGUCGAACCCUAAUUACAUUCCAGGAACAGAAGGAGCGUUUGACUUGCUGCAGAAGGAGAACGAGGAGAACGAGGAGAACGAGGAAAACCAACAAAUCCAAGAAACCCCGGUGCCAGAAGUGUAA